GAUGAGUGGAUAGAGACUAUGGAGCUAUGGGAAAGCAGGCUUCUUUCUGUUGCUGAUGUCAUUUGUGAGCGGCUGGCAUGCGGGUUGCAUCUUCCCCUAGAUUCAUUCAGAUGUCGGCGAUUUAAUCCACUGGUUUCUACUGGGAUGAAUCUUGAAGGAGAAAAAGAGGGCAAAAUUUUGGAAAUUCCACACUGGGAUUAUAAUCUUCUUAGUGUCCAAGCAGUCCACAAAUAUGUGGGACUCAACCUUUGGUCCAAAAAGGACCAAAAGGUUGAGAUCAACAUACAUGCGGGCCAUCUAGCCAUCAUUGCUGGCAAACAACUUGAACAACUCUGAGGAGGUAAGAUAAUUGCUCCCAAACAUGAAUCUGUGCUGAGCAAGAACAUCAUGAAAGAGUUAGAGAAACAUAAAGAUAAAGAACAUCGCAACAUUAGUUCGUGGAGGAUUACCUCCACCUUGUUUACACAACAAGCUUGAGACUUUCCUCCCAAUGGAACCUAAGAAGAAGGCGGAGUCAAACCUCAACUAUCCAGCUGUGAAAAGAAUGAGAAAUGAGAAAUGAGAUGUUUACAUAUUGUUCUGCAACAAGCCUCCUCAUUUGUUGCAAGUUUUGAGAUUUGUUCCAUUUAACUUUGCUGCUUAGCCUAAAUUUGUCCAUAUAAUGACUCGAAAGGUUUUGAUAGUAUUUGAUAAGAAUGAUUGAGUGUUACUGAUAACUUUGCUGCUUAGCCUAAA